AUGCAGCUCAUGCCAGGAGCACGCCCGCACCGCCCGACGGCCGGCGGUCCUGUUCACCCCCGUCGACUGUGGGUCGAAGCCGAGCCCCUAGCAACAAUCACGGAGUCACAAGUGGAAAAGUUCGUGUGGAGAAACCUCGUAACUCGGUUUGGCCUGCCCCAGUCCAUCGUCACCGACAAUGGACCUCAGUUCGCCGGCAGGAGGUUCCAAGAGUUUUGCGCCAAGCACAAGAUUCAGCUGAGGUUCAGCUCGGUGGCUUACCCCCAGGCGAACGGACUAGCUAAAGUAACCAACUGGUCCAUCGUCGACGGUCUCAAGAGAAGAGUGUCCGCUGCCCAAUCGGCCUGGAUCGAUGAGCUCCCGAGCGUCCUAUGGGCGCUGCGCACUACCCCCAAGACCCCAACGGGGGAGUCUCCCUACAGCCUCACGUUCGGGACCGAGGCCGUGUUACCAUCCGAAGUAAACGUCCCGACUCCGCGGAUAGCAGGCUACGGCGAAGAGGCCUCGGGUGAAGGGCUCCGAUCCAACCUGGAUUUGCUCGAAGAAAGGCGGGCCGACGCGCACCGAAAAACCCUUUCUUACAAAAGAGCCGUAGCGAGGGUCUACAACCGGAGGGUGCGACCCCGAUCAAUAAAGCUAGAGGACCUGGUCCUGCGCAAAAUCGAGGUCAGCCACCCGACCAGGGACGUUCCGACUCGCAACAAUGGAUGGCGAUCCCGUACCUAG